AUGAUUUUCUCCCACUUCGUAAGUGACGAUAGCGGCAGUGAAAAAGAAACAACGGUAGAUCUGGCAAAACAGCGCCGACUGCUUCGAAGUGUUUUCGACCCGUUACAGCUUUCUAACCAAGCAUUUAAGAAAAAUUUUCGUGUAUCGAAGGAAAUUUUCCUUGACAUUCUGGCGGAGAUCGAGCCCAAGUUCCCACCGGUUAAGGGAAAGGGGCUUAAGCCAAAUGAAAUUUUGGCUGCUGCUCUGCGAUUUCUAGCUGAAGGCAGCUACCAAAAUGGAACCGGUAAUGAUUACAAAAUAGCUAUUGCCCAGCCUACUUUCCCGGUAGCCUUUGCAAAGUGUUUGAACAUUAUCGAAGAAACUCUUGGGAACAAAUGGAUCUCUUUAGCGAUGGAACCAAAUGAGCAACAAGAUGCACGACGAUACUUCUUCUCAAAAAGUGGCAUUCCUGGUGUAGUGAUGUGUGUUGAUGGUACACACAUAAAAAUUAUUGCGCCUGUGGACGAUUACGAUCAGCAUUAUAACCGGAGGGGCUAUUACAGCCUAGACGCGAUGAUUGUCAUGCUGGAUACCCGUCAAAACCAUGGUUAA